GGUGGAGUGUUCAAAACAAUCAUAGUAAGUUCGGAUGAGCGAAAUUUCUGCUACCUAUCAGAAUGUAAUGAGCUGGCUAUCGUAGACAGUACCAGGAAUGUUGGCAAUGUUGCAACUUUGAUAGAGAUGUAUGAUGGAAACCGACCCGAGCAAUUGCUCAACGACAAGUGCACAUUCCACCUUAUGGAACGACCACAUCAGUGCACGACUACAAGUGACGGCAAUGUGAAGCACCAGGCGCUGUCAGCAUACCCCGGAAGAGGUAGAUCGUGA